CCCGCGACCCUGGGCGCUAUCUGCAGCCCUCUCAAUUGCACAGUCUCGGACAACAGGUGAAAAAGCCGCGGCAUCGCGGCGCCUCCGCGGGGCGGGCUCUCUCCUGCCCGCCUCCCGCCCGCCCCUCUCCACGCCCCCUCCCCUCCUCCGGGCCUCUGCUGCUGUCCUCGGCCGCCGGACGGCCUCCGGUCUUUCUGUCUCCUUUUCUUGGCCCCCAGCGUCAGCCCCGGAGCCCGCGCGCCGAGAGCCGGGGGCGCCGCGCACUCGCGGGACACGCGCGGCGGCUGGACUAGCCCCAGCGGGCGCCCCCUGAACGCCUCCUUCCCCGCUCCGGCCGCGUUCCCCGCCCCCUCGCCGGUGUCCGGGGUGCUCAGGGCCGCGCGUCUACCCGGGACGCGCUGGGGAUCCCUUGGAAGGGGCCAGCCCUGCCGGGGCGCGACGAUGGAGGAUCCGCAGCGCUCCCGUUCGCACACCGUCACCACCACCGCCAGCUCCUUUGCCGAGAACUUCUCCACCACCAGCAGCAGCUUCGCCUACGACCGGGAGUUCCUCCGCACUCUGCCAGGUCUCCUCAUCGUGGCCGAGAUCAUUCUGGGACUGCUGGUAUGGACACUUAUUGCUGGAACUGAGUACUUCCGGGUCCCUGCAUUUGGCUGGGUCAUGUUCGUAGCUGUGUUUUACUGGGUCCUCACCGUCUUCUUCCUCAUCAUCUACAUAACAAUGACCUACACCAGGAUUCCCCAGGUGCCCUGGACAGCAGUGGGCCUGUGGUUUAAUGGAAGUGCCUUCGUCUUGUACCUCUCGGCCGCUGUGGUGGAUGCAUCUUCUGUCUCCCCAGAGAGGGACAGCCACAACUUCAACAGCUGGGCGGCCUCGUCGUUUUUUGCCUUCCUGGUCACCAUCUGCUACGCUGGAAACACGUAUUUCAGUUUUAUAGCUUGGAGAUCCAGGACCAUACAGUGAUUUGCCAUUUUGAUAAUUCAAAGAGGAAAAAAUAAAUAGGAAGAAUCUCACUGUAAAAACAGCUGUAGGUAUAAUGUAUAUUUCCAGAGAAUUGUAUUUAACUAAUGUUUUUAUAUAUUUAGUUAAAUUUGCUGGCAAUGCUUUGUUAAAAUUAAACUGGGAAACUUAUUUGCAAGGUGCUGUAUCCUUAUAAUGAACUCUUAGGUAUAUUGUGGAUGUCUUCAUAGACCUUAUUUUCUUAGAUAUGUAUAAGCAGAUAAACUGCUAAUAUUAAGAAUGUGUCAAGUUUGUAAACCUGACUCUUAAAACAUCAGACUCUUUUUUGAUUAAAUAUUUCAGAAUCACA